UCGUAGGAGCGCCGAAGGACCACAACCUGCAGCCGGGGACGAACCGCUCGGGCGCCCUCUGGAGGUGCCCCCUCACCACGCGGACCACCGACUGCGAGCAAGUUCAUACUGAUGGCUACAAGAAUAUCGAUGCGAAUUUGUCCAUGCCAGCUGAGAAUGAGAUCAAGGACGACCAGUGGCUUGGUGUCACUCUCAAGAGCCAGGGUGCCGGGGGGAAGGUCCUGGUAUGUGCUCAUCGGUACAUGCACAAGGGCCCAGGGUUCCAGUGGGGCUUUGGCCUGUGCUACAUCCUCACACAGGCACUUGACGUCUCUGAAUAUUUGGAACCUUGCCGGGGAAAGCCUGUUAAUGAAGGUCACCAACAGUACGGUUUCUGCCAGGCCGGAACGAGUGGUCUUCUGCUAAACGACGAGGCUGUUCUUGGCGUGCCCGGCCCGUACACCUGGAGGGGAACCGUACACACAUCCAAUAUCUCAGAUAAUUUCCUAUUCAAGGACAAGACACAGUAUUUUGGACCUGUGACGGAGAAGGAUUCACCUAUGGACAAGUACAGUUAUUUAGGUUACUCUGUGACAGCCGGCCGUUUCUUUGGGAAUUACAUGUCGUACGUGGGUGGAGCACCAAGGGCAAAGGAGACAGGUCAAGUGGUAUUCUUCACUCGCGAAAAAGUUGGUGAAAGCUUGCUGCGUGUAGAUUUAAUCCUUGAUGGAGAGAUGUUUGCUUCAAGCUUUGGGUUUGAAGUUCUUGCUGUUGAUAUCAAUAACGACGGGCGGGAUGACCUUAUCGUUGGUGCUCCCUUCUACUACACGAGCACGUCAAGUGGUGCUGUUUACGUCUACAUGAACAAUGAUGGAGGCUUUGUGGAAAAUCAUCCGUAUACAAAGAUUGAAGGUGUAGGUCUUGCACACGACCAGCAGGUUUUCCAGACACAGCCACCAAGUGCUCAAGGCGAGGCAGGCGAGAGUCGCUUCGGAUUCUCCAUGACCUCCUUGGGCGACCUGAAUCACGAUGGGUACACAGACGUGGCCAUCGGUGCUCCCUACGAAGGGCGAGGUGCAGUCUAUGUUUACUUGGGCUCAAAAGAUGGACUCAUGAAGGAAGAUGGACAUGUUAAAGCGGCACAGGUUAUACGUGCAGAAGACAUGCCUGGAGUUCCCUACAAUGCAUUUGGUUAUUCACUGAGCGGAGGAAUGGAUCUCGAUGGCAACGGCUAUCCUGACUUGCUUACAUCAUCCUUCUGCAGUGAUAGAGUUCUUUUGAUCAGGGCCCGCCCCAUCAUCGACAUCCAGACCAAAGUGCAGUCUCAGAACAACCAGCUUGAGAACAUAGACCCAAGCAAAAAGGGCUGCAUUGAAGACAUCAGUUCACCAGAGACUUGCUUUUCCUUCGAUGCAUGCUUCAAGAUGGACAAUGACGCUGGGACAAAGACCGUCCUACGCCUCAAGUACACCAUCGAGGAACAGUUGUACAAGGACCAGCCCAUAGCCAGAAUCCGCUUCUCCAAUGGACAGCAAGAUCGACCAUAUACCGUGGAAAGAGAUAUCAGGCUCCGGCCAGAAGACAUGGGCAUAUUCCAGUGUUCACGCGAAAUUGUGUAUUUACUGGAUGGCCCAAGAGACAUUCUGCGUCCACUGAAAUUCAAGCUGUCCUACGAGAUCAUUCAAGGCCAGCCCAGUCCUGUUCCUGAAGGCAGUCCCUUGCCAGACAUUGAUGAAUUCCCAAUCUUAAACCAGCAGGAGGCAGUCAGAUAUUUCAAAGGCACCUUUGCCAAGGACUGUGGUGAGGAUGACAUUUGUAUGAGCGAUCUGAACAUCAAGGCGAACCUAAGCCUGGACCUACACGAGUCUGGUCAUUACCUUUUACGCUUGGGAGAACAGAAUACAAUACCUCUCAAUGUAGAAGUGAUGAAUGCUGGAGAACCGGCCUACCAGUCAAGCCUCCUUGUUCACCACCACAAAGCUCUUGAGCUGAACCUUAAGGAAUCUCAACUUGGCUCAUACCAGUGUUCACGUGUGUCAGCCAUUCUCACACAGUGCGGUCUUGGAAACCCUCUUGUAGGUACAACAGGGCCAUUAAUCCUGACCUUCAAAGAAUCCAAUCUGCCAUUUGACAGAAAGUUCAUCCACUUCUAUGUGGAAGCCAAUUCAUCAUCUAUUGAAGAGCGUCCAAAAGAGCGUAUUCAGUUUACUGUGGAGGUGAUCAAGAGGGCUGAGAUCUCUAUUUUGCCGUCGGUUGCCCCAGAGCAAGUGUUCUAUGGAGGAGAGGUGGUGGGGCAGUCUGCCAUAAAACACAUGGAAGAGGUGGGCAUGGAGGUCACUCACAAGUAUGUAGUAGACAACCGUGGCCCCUGGAGAGUGGAUGAGGCCAAGGUGGCCAUCCUCUGGCCAUACCAGGUCGAGAACAACAAAGAGCAAGGGAAAUGGCUUCUGUACAUGACUGAAGUUCCGAGUGUAGAUGGUGCUGGAGAAUGUGAAGUUGAUUCCCGUUAUGUGAAUCCCCUUGUACUUCGCCGGACAUUUGCUUCGGCCUCAACAGGUCUUGAAGUUGAAGGAGAAUUGAUAUCCACAGAUUACCCUGAUCCUGGUGGAGAAGUAGGUACUGGGUCUGGUGAUGUGAAAGUAACAAAGACAGUGACAAGUACCAAGAAGGUAACAAGCACAACUGACAUCAAGAAAACCUUAAAGAAGUCUUCCUCGAAAGAUGUUAUUGUUUCCACUGAGAGAACUACCUCAUCCAGUGGUUAUUCCUCAUCCAGUUCCUCUUCUUCAAACAGGUUUUCAUCCUCAACCUCCGAAUUCAGCAACUCAGGAUCAACGGAUGAAGAGGAAUAUGGCAGUGGGUUUGGGCAAGGAGCUGGUAGAGAUCACGGCAAAACACACGUAAGAGUUAGCAGGAAGGUAUUUACAUCAGAUAGGUCCAAAUUCUCAGAUUCUGACUCUGGGGCAAACGACCUUGACAAAGAAAAAGAUGUGGAUGGGGAUGGACUCAUCUCUCACCACGAAGAAACUCGCACUUCCUCUGGAGUAUCUCCUGAUGGAAGAACAAGAUUUUCUGAAACCCAUCAUGUAAGUAAGAAGGUACAUGUCAAAGAGAGCACAACUGAUGAGGACUUGCCUGCUGGACGAUGGGGACAGGGAGGUGGAUUCCGUAAGACUUACAUUGAAACUUCCAGGUCUGGAUCUUCCAGCAUUCCAUCAGAAGAAGACAGAAGAAUUUUCUCAGAAGCAGAAGGUUCUUCAAGAGUAGGUAUCGAUGGUACAUACAUAGAAACUUCCAGGUCUGGAUCUUCCCGCAUUCCAUCAGAAGAAGAAGGUUCUUCAAGAGUAGGUAUUGAUGAUCAUGCAGGUUCUGGAUGGCAUGAUGGUUCUGUUGGAAGGGAUCACAGUGUGCAAGUGGAAGAUGGUUCACACAGAGUACAAACAGUAAAUAGAGAUGAAACUAUCAGAAGAACUCACUUUGGUGGAUCAGACAGGGAUGGAAGUUACAGAAGAGUGUAUGAGGAAACUAGAACCACAGGUCAUGGAAGGGUUGGAACUCAUACUGGUGGCUAUGAUGAUACAUAUGAUAGAGAUGGCUUUAGGACACAAACCUUUGGCAGACAUGACAGAGUUGGAGCAGAUAGAACGGAAGGCUCAGGUUGGUCUAGAGGAUCCAGGACUGAAUAUGAAAGGAGAACUGGAGGCACUGAUGAGUCCAGGAGAGUGGGAGAUAGAGACAGAUUCAACACUGAUGAUUCAAGAAGGGUGUCAGAGGGAGACAGAGUCAGGUGGACUUAUGCUGAUAACCAAGGACGUACAACAGGCAGGGGAAGCACAGGAACUUAUUCCUCAUCUAGCAGAGGUUAUGAGAGUGAAAGAACUUUCUCUGGUGAUUAUGACAGAACAGAUGAUGGAAGCCACAGGAGACCAUAUUCAGGUGCAUAUGAUAGAACAGGUAUUGAUUCUAGAAGAGGACAUUCUGGUGGAUAUGACAGAACAGCUGAAGAAGAUGGUUCCAGAACAUACUUUGCUGGAUAUGACAGAAUAGGCGACAAUGAUCAGAACAGACGGGUCUAUGGCAGAACAGAAGGAGAGGGUGAGUACCGAAAGAAUUUUGAUAACUACGACAGAAGAAUAAAUGCUGGCGGCAGAGGUGAAUCAAGAGUCUACGAAAGAACAGAGUCUACAAGAACGUACCAUAGUAACAGAAAUGAAGAUGGAGACUUCAGAGAUGGCUCAUCAAGGUCAUCUGGAGACCAGUAUUACAGGAGAACAAACCUCGACAGAUCUAUUGACCAUGCAUCUGGAACGGAUUCCUUCAGGCAUGCCUCUGGUGAAAGCAGAGAUGGGUCCCAUUCCAGGUCAGGACAUGGCACCCUCAGGACCACCACAUGGGAUUUGACUGCUGACAGUGACAGGAAUAACAGGGCAAGACAGGGAUCUCACUCAUCACACCAUCAUGUCACUAGUUCUCAAGACCAUGGUGCAUUAGCAAGUGGUUCAGGUACUGGAAGAACGAGUCAUUUUGAGUCCUCAGACUCCAAUGCAAAUAGAACCUACAAACGUGUUGAAGUAGAUCCAGAGACUGGAGAAACCACAGUCUACACAAGAAGAGUGUACAGUCACAGUUGGCCAGAAGACUGGGACCACAGAUCAUUUGAUGAAGAAUUACCACCCUUGGAGGAAGUAGAACAUAAAGGAAGUCACCGGCAACUGAAACGUACCAAACGUGAGAGAGAACUCAUCAUCAAACCCCAGGCUGUGACAGAUGCCAAAACAGGAAAAACAAUGCAGGUUGUGAAUUUGAGAUGUGAUGGAGAUGUUCCAACAGCCAAGUGCUUUGUCUUCUACUGCACCAUCCGAAACCUAGGCGCCAAGCAAGCAGCAAGUAUUCGCAUCAAAUCAAGACUAUGGAACUCCACGCUGGUCGAGGAUUACCCUAGGGUCAGUUAUGUCAGCAUUAAAUCCAAAGCUUCAUUGAUAUUACCAGAAGACAUCCGUAACGACCAAGACCAGUCAGACGAUGAAGCCUCCGCAGAAACUUUAGCUUAUCCAGAUCUGUUGGAUCAGCUUCCACCAGAGGAAGUGCCACUCUGGGUCAUAUUAGUUUCAAUAUUCGCUGGUCUUUUAGUCCUUUUAAUCAUUGCGCUCAUAUUGUGGAAGUUAGGCUUCUUUGAAAGAAAACGGCCAGACCCAACGCUUUCAGGAAACUUGGAUAAGGAUGCAAAUGGAUACUAAUCCUUAAUAGACCUCUAAAAUAUAACUCUUAACUUCCAAGUGCCAUGUUCUGCAUUUUCAUGUGCCGAAAAUGUGAAUAGUGAUUAUAAUUUUUUUUUUUUUUCUUAUUUGAUGAUAAAACAUUAUCAUGAAAGUUUGUGUGCAAGUCAAUGUGCUCGUAUGUGUCUUUGACCCAUUGAAAAUGUGGAAACUCUCUUAAACUAUGUGAAAGUGUUGUUUUUAUGGCCCAUUAAUGUCCCUAAGAUGUGGCAUAGUAAAAUAAAAAAAUGGCUUAUUAAUAAAUAAUGAGAUUUUGGGAUGAUAUGAGCUGCUGUAUGACUGCUACAACACAAGCGCCAAUGCUGCUGCCAUGACUGUGAUGUUCAUUGUGCCUUCCAAUCUCUGACUUUCAGAGGCACUUGUGGCUCAAGAAUAGCCAAAAGAUUUUUUUUUAUUAUUAUUGUUAUUAUUAAUAUUAUUGUUAUUAUUAUUAUCAUUAUUAUUAUUAUUAUUAUUAUCAUUAUUGUUAUUACUAUUACUAUUAUUAUUAUUACUAUUAUUUUAUUAUUAUUGUUAUUAUUAUCUUUUUCCAAUCAGAAAGGUGUAAUGCCAUUUUUCUAGAUGUAUAGCUUUUCUGGACUGUUUAUUUUCAAACAAAACUUUGCAAAAAAGUUUGUGUACAAAAUUGAUGAUGACUUGAGAUGUUAUUUUCUUACAAUAUGAGUUCAAAAUGACAUCUUGAUCUGCUGAAGUGUAUUGAUUAUGCCUCUUCCUGAGACAGUUACAUAUGUGUGUGCAGAUGAAUGAGUGUGUGCUAGGUGCGUUUUGAACUAAUGCUGUAUUUGGUUGUUCAGCUUUGUCUUUUGUUCUGUAAAUAUGUGUAGAUAUUUGGUGAUAAAUGGUGUAUUUGUUAUUAUUAAACUAUAUUUUAAUCAAUAGUUUUAUGAACUAUUGUCCUGAUUUUUUUUUAAAUCUUAUUUUUUUUUUUUAUGAUCUGUUGUAGUUGAUUCUCACAAAUCUGCUUAUUCAUUAGGAUCUCACUGUACAUAGGAGAUAUUAUACCUGCGUGAUAAAUCCAUUCACUGAACUGUACUCUCUCGAGGCAAUCAGUGUACUCAUAAAAUUUUAUGUAUGUUAACCAAAAAUAUUAUGAGAAUUCUCUUUCAAAUCAUGUUGUAAAAAUGUUCAGAUAUUGAAUGCUAUACUUGUAUAAUAAAAAUGAAUUCUAACAAAG